AUGACCGCUUGUGAGCCACUUAUUUUGUUAUUCGAAUCAAAUCGUAAACGUUUUGCAACUCUCGUAACAAGCAAUAAAAAACAAAAGCAAAAAAGCUGUACUUACAUGCAACGUGAAACUUUACUUUCUUCAAAUAAACGAUGUAAUAAUCUGAAUAAUCAAUUGAGAGCUUACAAAUUAUUCAAAUUGAAAGAUAUUCAGAGUUAUAAUGAUACAAAUGGGACAAAGUGGUUGUUAACCACAUCAACUAAUAUGGAUUUUAAUCAAAUUCUAUAUUUAGAUCCAACAUUUGCUGAAGAAUCUAGGCUUACUUUUACUGUCAUGUAUCAAUUAAUGUCUAAAUAUCUUGACUCUAUAUCGUUUCAGGGUGAAGUCGAU